AAAUAUUGAACUUCGAAGGCCCACAGAAAAAUUCGAAUCCCAACCUGUAGAUGGGAAAAAAGCACACUUUCAGUUAUUCUCGAAAUCGGAAGCGAUUAGGCAAAAAACAAAGGGCAAAAUUAAAAAUCAAAAAUCCAGUCAUUAAUUCAGCUUGGAAGUAUGGAUUAUCUGUUAAAUCAAAUUUUAACCGUUUGGGUUUAGCUUACGAUGCAAAUGAAGCACUUGGAAAUAAUUGUGAUCAGGUUUUAACAAAUGGAGAGUAUGAUGAUAAUGAUGCAGUCACAAAAAAUAUGCCGAGACAGAAAAAGACUAAUGUCGUAAAAGUUUUAGAAGAGUUAGCCAAACAUAAAAAGCAAAAACCUGUGUUUGUCUCUGGAGAUGAUCAGUUGUUUUGCAUAUACAACUUAGAGAUGUAUCCUGAGGAUGAUUUCGAAUCUAUGAGUAGAGAUCCAAAGAAUGUUUAUCAGUUGACAUCCAAACAGAUCGAACGACUAAUCAACAAAUUUAAACAAACCACUGGCUUUCAAAAGUAUCUCAAAGAUAAGCAGUCAGGAGAGCUUGCCAUCGAUGAGUUGUUUAAUGAAGAACUGAUGUAAAUUUAUUAUUUUGCUAAAAAAAAUAACAAAUAUGAAUACUAUGUUCUUAUUUUGUGUAUUCACAGAGCCUUAUAUAAAUUCAUUCAAACGGAA